CUUCAAUAAUGUUCAAACACAAAAAAGAUAGAAUUACAAAUCUUUCUUCUCACGUUGCUUGCUUCACUCGUCCAAAUGGCACGUCUUUCCCCACAUUCAAGACAUUAAUUAUUACCAAGUACAAAGUACAACUUCAACCAACAAAAUUGUUUUUGCUGUUCACCCAACAAGCAAUUUAUAUUAAAAAUUAAUAUUUUUUUAAAAAAGUCGAAAAUCGGAAAAUUAAAGGUGGAUUGGAUGGCUUCAUUAUGCCUAACAUUUUGGAACCAACUCAACGACCAACGGCAAUAAUUCUCCGGCUAAAUGGGUCCCCAAGAUUCGGAUUCGGGUUUACUUCAAUUCAUGGCCAAUCGAUGCUCCGAAUUGGAAGCGGGUCAAGCAAGCCUGAAAGCCCAACUGGACAAGCUUGCUCGUAGUCGUAGAGAUGGUCGAGAAGUGACGUCAACUUCCGGUGAUAUGACGCUUCCGGGCAACUUCAAGAAUGGUAAUCCUUACAGUCACGUGCUUCAAUCAAUUAACCAUUCUGUUCACGUGACUCGUCCUUCUUCUGGAGAGAUCAUUUACUGGAAUUAUGCUGCUGAGAAGCUUUAUGGAUGGAAGGACUACGAAGCGAUAGGGCGAUGUUAUAAAGAUAUUCUUAUUGAAGAAGAAUAUGUGCCAUACAUUAACAAUAUCAGGGAAAAGUUGUGCUAUGGCCAACCAUGGACAGGCCAGUUCCCUUUUAAGAAAAGAUCUGGUGAGAUUUUUAUGGCGCUUGUGAGCGAGACCCCAUUAUAUGAGGACGGGGAGCUUGCUGGUAUUAUCACUGUUUCCAGUGAUGCUGUGGUAUAUAAUCACAUAAACUCAAACCAGUCUAGGGUACCGCGGAAUGACAUGAAAAGGAUUCAGUGGCAACAAAGGCCACAGAUUGCGUUGGUGCCCCACAUGGCUUCUUCUAUUUCGGAUCUGGCCUCGAGGGUAAUAGGGAAAAUGCGCAAAGAGGACGCUUCAAAGGAUGGAGAAGCAUUUGUUUCUGACUCUAAUGAUGUGAAUCGAGAUAAUCAAGAAACCGAUACUAAGAAUACAAGUGAAGGGAAAAGCUCUCAGGAAUUUGUGAUUACUCAACCUGUAAAAGCGGCAGCAAAGCUAUUGGAGAAAUUCCGAAAGAAGAGUUCUGGAAACAAUGCUGAAAGUAUCAAUGGUAGCCCUGUACAAAAUGGACUAGGGAAAAAACCCAUUAAUGAGACAUGUUCUACCAGAGGUGUAAAAGAUAUCAGAUUAGAUGAUGCUGAAAACAGGUCACUUGAAGUGUGUUGUGAAUGUUCUAAUGAGCCCAAUCUACCAACCUCCUUGCUGACAUUAGGCUUGAAUGUGAAUGAAGAUGCAGACCUCGAGUUGGAAAAGUAUGGUGGUGCAGAAAUAAAGGGUGUUGUCGAACAACAAGCGGGAGCUUUAUCGAAUUCAGGAUAUAACCUAUCUGGAAGUUAUGGUAGCUCCUCAAGCAAAGGUGACAGUGAGUCGAGUUCAAUGGUGGAUUGUGAUAUUCAGUGGGAGGACUUAAAGUUGGGUGAGGAAAUUGGUCAAGGUUCUUAUGCUAUUGUAUAUCAUGGACUUUGGAAUGGAUCAGAUGUUGCUAUCAAAGUGUACUUCGGAAAAGAUUAUAAUGAGGGAACUUUACUGGGUUACAAACAGGAGAUUUGUGUAAUGAGAAAAUUGAGGCAUCCAAAUGUCUUGCUGUUCAUGGGCGCAUGUUAUUCACAAGAAAGGCUUGCCAUUGUCACCGAAUUUCUUCCAAGGGGAAGCCUGUUUAAGAUACUUCACAGGAACAACCACGUGCUGGAUCAAAGACGGCGGUUGAGGAUGGCCCUUGAUGUCGCCAGGGGCAUGAACUAUUUGCAUCGUAGAAAUCCUCCUAUAGUUCAUAGGGACUUGAAAUCUUCGAACUUGUUGGUUGACAAGAACUGGAAUGUGAAGGUUGGUGACUUUGGGUUAUCAAAGUUGAAGAAUUCAACCUUCUUGACUGCAAAAUCCGAAGUUGGAACUCCCCAAUGGAUGGCGCCAGAAGUUCUGCGAAAUGACCCCUCAAAUGAAAAGUCGGAUGUGUUCAGUUUUGGUGUCAUCUUAUGGGAACUGGUAACCGUGAAAAUCCCUUGGGAUAAUCUAAAUGCUUUGCAGGUUGUUGGAGUUGUAGGAUUCAUGGAUAGACGGUUGGACCUACCCGAAGGCCUUGAUCCACGCAUUUCAUCAAUCAUAAAAGAAUGUUGGCAAAGCAAGACAGAACUCCGCCCUUCAUUUGAAGACAUUAUUCGAAGAAUGUCCGGUAUACUUCAAACUACUCCUGCAUCAGCAACCCCUCCUGCUCGAAAGAGCGUUUCUUAACAAUGGUAGAUAGAAAUACAUGACAUGUUACUGGGUGGUUGCAUAGAGCGGGAGAAGAAAAUAAUCUAUCAACGUCUGUCUAAUUUGUGCAGCUGAAAGUUGAUGUACUCUUGGCUGCUGUAAGUGGUGCAUUAUGUUGUAUACUUUUCCGUCCGUUUGAAUUUGCUACAUAACAGAAUUGAAUGUAUAUAGUGGUUAGUGUGCUUAACAUAACAACAUUAGUGCUGUCUGCUGUGUGUUAUCAGAUAUAGAAUACAGAGAUAUUACAUGUUAUUUAGAAGUAUUUUUUGGGACUACAAAA